ACGUAUUUAAUUCUGAUGUUUGGUAGUUUCUGGUGUGUGUGUGUCGGCAGUGAAUUAGUACUAGGGUGUUCGAAGUGCCACACUUAGUGUCUCGAAAACUCAUUACUGGUUCGGUGUGAACCAGUAGUAGGGUCGUGCGAGGUCAUGUAAGCGCGGCCAGCUGACACUUCUGGGAAGUUGUGCCGUGUUGUUCCAGUUGGUGCUUUUGAGGGUUGGACCUCCCUAGACUGUACUGAUAAGUAUACCGAUACUUUCAUUAAUGUUGUGUCCUCAAAGUUAGCUGAUACAUUCAAACUAUGGGUGCGUUGUGAGCAAGUGUCGGGUAGCUAUGAGAGGUUAGCGGAACUGGCUAUCUUGGAGAAUUUUAUGGCGAAAAUUGACCUAGAGUUCCAGACUUACUGACUUUGCAGACAAGGGAGUUAGAACAGCCGCUCAAGCUGUUGUGUAUGCUGAUGACUGGUAUCUGUUUCCUGGUCUAAUAAAAAAUAAAAGUAACUUUGUCUCCAAGACCGUUCCCAGCCCACUAUGUAAUUUCCCCCUCAAAGCUUCAAACAGAAAACCUGUAAGCCGAGUAAGUCUCCUUGUGUCUCACAACACAAAUACACCACCACUCACAUAUCUCCACACGUUCCCUGACAAGCACAUAUUGUCACAGACUUGACCAUAGAUAGGUGAUAGAAAAAAAUCUGGUCGUGCAAUCGAUUCAUUUUGCGUCUAUUUUCUUCAUUUCCUAACCCCGUCAUCAUAAGAGCCACCUAUUUCUGAUGAAAGAUUAUCUUCUCUUUCUCCCCCCUGAGACUAUUGCUCUUUCAAGAAGGUUGUGAGAAGGAGGCUGUUGCUUCUUUGGAAUCCACUGUUUCCGGAGGUGUGGUGCAGGCGGUUACAAGUGAUAUUGCCCCCUGAUUAUUCCUAUUCUCCCUACUCUAUUUUGGUGAAGGUCAUUACUUCCCAGUACUCUGUAAAGAUCCUACAAGAUACUGCAUCUUCGAUCUCUCUAUGAGUGAGACUUACCCAUAUUUGUUGUGGCAGUUCUGACUAAAUCUUAAUCAACUACAUCACUUCAACUAUUUCUUUGUUUUAUACCUGUGGUCCCUCAUGCUAAUGAUUCUUGUGAUACUUCCGCCACGGUUGAUGUCUCUUGCGAUUCCAGUGAUCUUUCAACCUCGACAGACGCCAGUGUCUCGUUGUCUCAUCCCACCAAAUUCUUUUAGAAGAAAACAUAAUUUUCUUCGUAAUUUUGGAGUAACUUUUAAUGUCUUCAGCUCUAAUCUAUAAAUCGUGUAAGGUUUGUCGUCAUCACCACCAGCGAGGGAGUGUAGCCCACCUUCUGUAUUAGUGUUAAGAAGCGUGGUCCCGGAAAUAUCUACUAGCGCAGUCCUCGGGAGUAACUGAAGACAAGACAUUAUUUUUCAGCGGCAAAUUAUAUCAAAUUAUAUCACCAUCAAGUUGAAAGAGGAGGGUAAAUAUCACCUAAUUUUUCUUGGGCAAAACUAAGAAUAGAAGAAUGGAAAGCAGUCCAAAAAAGGAUUUUGUUUUAUAGGUUUUGUGUGUGAAUGAAGACAUGCGAACAUUGACUUAACAUUCCGAAGUUAUGUAAAGAAAUGUGUAUAUAUUUUUGCAAGUUAUAAUCUCCACCCGUAUUGUGAUAAAUUAAUGCUAGCAAUGCAGCUCUCUGCUGGUAUAUUACUAUUAGUUUGUAUAGUUGACAACACAGAUAAAAUCCGAAUGCCGGUGGUGACACUAUACCCUAAAUCGCCCACCAAACUGUACGCGAACUGGACCCUCGUGGAGUGCAAGACCAAAUGUCCCAUCAUGCAGCAGAACAUUCAGUGGAAGAGGAAAAGAAAACACUACCAUCUGGAGGAGUUCUUGCAGCCAAACGUCACGGAGUACACCAUUAAUAAUCUGCAGCCAAACAAAUCUUACAAAGUGAGAGUCCUGUUGGCUACCAGUGCUGGCUACCCAGAACACAUGAUUCGGCUGCCCUGGUACACCGUCAGGAUGCCACGCAGCAGCUCUGACUUGCCACGGGAUAAUGUCUUCCUCAUCGUUCAUCUCUCCACUUGCAGCCAGAGGCCCACCGAGGUCUUGGUAAAUUGGACGCUGGACGCCUCACUGCAGAAGGAUCUUGCCAAUUAUCAUGUGUUGUAUAACACCUCCACCUCUGUCUGGCAAAAAGAACUCCCAACGACCGAAACUUCCCUAACACUCACAUAUCUAGUUCCGAGAACGUGUUACGGCGUGAAGGUCCGAGCCACCUACAGCACCGGGCGAAACAGCACCGAGUCUUACCUGAAGACCAUCUGCACACUGCCACGGCCUCCCCACAUCCUCUCCCAACACUCCAACACCAACAGGAUCAAAGUGAACAAGCUCAGGACCAAGGUGCUGAACACUACCAGCAUGCGCAUCACCUGGAAACACACGCCGCGGAAGAUCCAGGUCGACUUCUACACCAUUAGGGUCGAGAACGUUGAAUCAGACCCGAACAGCCAAACGGAAACACCCGAAGACAAGCGGAGUGAGGUGAAGGGGACGCAUUUGGAGGCCGCGGGAAGAGGUCCUCGCAGCCCACAGCCGACGAAAUACGAAGAUUCCCGAGACACGGCUAAUAUAAAAGACCAUGAGGUCAAGCUGUACCGAGUCACCAACCGGAAGCUGACGGUGACGAGCCUGAAGCAGGACCACAACUACAAGGUCACCGUCACGGCCUCCACCACCACCCUCACAGGUCACUCCGCCACCACCUACGUCACUCCAGAUGAAGGAGUUCCCACGGCGCCGCUGAACGUGACGUGGGUUCCUGCAAGCCCGAAAGAUGCCGUUCUCACCUGGAGCCCUCCACGCCUCAUCAACGGCCGUUUAGUGCACUACCUGGUGAAAUUUUCUCACGAUCAGUGUAUCAUUAAAAUGAUAUGUUAAC